UCCUUACAGAGACAUAAAAGCGGGAAACAUUUUACUCACUGAGCCAGGACAAGUUAAGCUGGCUGAUUUUGGAUCUGCCUCAAUAAUCUCCCCCGCUAACUCCUUUGUUGGGACACCUUACUGGAUGGCCCCAGAAGUGAUCCUUGCAAUGGAUGAAGGACAGUAUGAUGGGAAAGUUGAUGUCUGGUCACUUGGGAUUACAUGCAUUGAACUUGCGGAACGGAAGCCACCUUUGUUCAACAUGAAUGCAAUGAGUGCCUUAUAUCACAUUGCCCAGAAUGAAUCGCCAAUACUUCAGUCAAAUGAGUGGUAUGUUUGUACUGAUCAGACAGGAUUAUCAAAUCACAUUUUUAUCGUGUAUCAUUUAUCAUUUAUUAAUAUUGCAUUUAAGUAUCUUCCAGAUUGUAUGGUCUUUAUUGUAGUAUAUGCAAUAUAUUUUAAUGUACAUUAAUUAAUAAAUAAAACUCAGUCAUUGGUAUUUUUUGCAAAUAUUGUUGUAGCCAUUGUUAUUCUCUUAGUGUAUAUAAAUACAAUUUAAAAUUUAAUUUUUGACUCAAAUGUGUAUAUUUCAUGAUUGUAGGGAAAUAAUUGUACAUUUUCUGUGAUUUCAGGACUGAUAAAACUAUCGAAAAUAUUUGUUGCAAAGGAUUUUUAGUAAGCAGUUGUUCCUUUGAAGGGCAGUAUUUGUAGUAAAUAGAUCUUGAGGUUUCUAAUGUUCAUUUGUAUUUUCUAGGUCUCAAUUUUUUAGGAACUUUGUGGAUUACUGCUUGCAGAAGAUUCCCCAGGAUAGACCCACAUCUUCGGAGCUUCUGCGGCAUGAAUUUGUACGCCGAGAGCAUCCACAAAGAGUUCUUUGUGACCUUAUUGCAAGAACAAAAGAUGCAGUUCGAGAGCUGGAUAAUCUACAGUAUAGAAAAAUGAAAAAGAUCCUUUUCCAAGAAACUCGUAAUGGACCAACAGAAUCACAAGAAGAAGAGGAGGACAGUGAGCAUGGUGCAGGCCUAGGUAGUAAAGUAGACAGCCUGGGAAGUAAUCAGUCCAUUCCCAGUAUGUCAAUCAGCACAGGGAGCCAGAAUAGCAGUGUUAACAGUCUGCAUGAAGUCUUUGAUGAUAGCUCUGAGAUUGCCAUGAUGCAUGAUGGUGAUAACACCAUGCAAUCCAAUGUCUCCGUCAUCCACAGAAAGCAGGACCAUGUAUUCAUAAGGGAUGAAGCAGGCCAGAAGGACUCACGGCCUGAUCUGCGGCCUACACCAUCUCUCCAUAGUCGGGCCUCUCUUCUUAAGAACCGAGAGCAUUUUGCUACAAUUAGAACAGCAUCUCUGGUUACAAGACAGAUCCAUGAGCAUGAACAGGAAAACGAAUUACGUGAACAGAUGUCGGGCUACAAGCGGAUGCGAAGACAGCACCAGAAGCAGUUGAUGGCUUUAGAGAAUAAGUUGAAGGCUGAGAUGGACGAACAUCGUCUAAGGUUGGAAAAGGAAGUGGAGACCCAAUGUAAUAAUGCAUCUAUUGAAUUGGAGAAAUUGGCAAAAAAACAACAGAUUUCCAUGGAAAAGGAGAUGAAGAUAGCAGCACAGGAUGAGAAGAAAACACAGCAGCACAUUGCAGCCCAACAAAAAAAGGAACUGACCAUAUUCUUAGAAAGUCAGAGGCGCCAGUACAAACUUUGCAAAGAAAAAAUUAAAGAAGAGAUGAAUGAAGAUCACAGUACACCAAAGAAGGAAAAGCAAGAACGAUUGUCCAGGCACAAAGAAAACCUUCAACACACACAGGCAGAAGAAGAAUCGCAACUUCUAGGCCGCCAACGAUUACAGUACGAUCGAAACUGCCGGGAGCUUAAGCGUAGGUUGUUGAUUAUGCGACACAAUUUGGAGCAGGAACAUCUACGUGAGGAAGUGAAUAAGAAGCAGACACAGAAGGAGAUGGAACAUGCCAUGUUAAUUCGACAUGAUGAGUCUACGCAAGAGCUGGAGUUCCGACAACUGAACAUGUUGCAGAGAUUACGGAUUGAUCUCAUUCGUUUGCAGCAUCAGACUGAGCUGGAGAAUCAAACAGAGUACAAUACACGCCGAGAACGGGAGUUACACCGAAAACAUGUCCUGGAACUCCGACAGCAGCCAAAGAGCCUAAAGGCUAUGGAGUUACAGAUCAAAAAGCAAUUCCAAGACACGUGUAAAGUCCAAACGAAGCAGUACAAAGCACUGAGGAACCACCAGCUGGAGGUAACUCCAAAAAGUGACCACAAGAUGGUCCUAAAAGCACUUAAAGAGGAACAGACUCGGAAACUGGCUAUCCUGGCAGAACAGUAUGAACAAAGUAUCAAUGAGAUGAUGGCCUCACAGGCGCUGCGACUGGAUGAGGCUCAGGAAGCAGAGUGCCAAGCCCUGAAACAUCAGCUUCAGCAGGAAAUGGAACUUCUCAAUGCCUACCAGAGCAAAAUUAAGAUGCAGACUGAAGCACAGCAUGAGCGAGAGCUUCAGAAACUGGAGCAACUGGUGUCAUUGCGCCGAGCACGUCUUGAACAAAAGAUUGAAGAGGAACUUGCUGCACUUCAGAAAGACAGGACCGAGAGAAUACGAAAUUUAUUGGAACGACGAGAAAGAGAAAUUGAAAAUUUUGAUGUGGAAACCCUCAGACUUGGUUUUGGGAAUCUGGUUACGCUGGACUAUCCGAAGGAAGACUAUAGAUGAAAAACUAUGCCAUAAUCUCGCCCAGAUAUCUUAAUUGUGGGCUCACUUAGUGAGGGCAGACAUCACCUCUGGACUAGUGCCUGUACAGUCCUUAAAUUUCCUUAUAAUCAGGGCCCCAUUGUUAAUGUUAACAAGAACACUGACCAUUUGUUGGUCACCUUUUAAAAUGACACAGUAUUGAUAUAUGUGCAAUCAUACUUUUUGUGAAAUUGGAAAGCAGGAUGUACAUUGCUUAUCAUGCAUUACAAAUAAUUUGUAAAUCUGUGCAGAAAGACAAAUGUUAUUAUCUGCAGCCUUAUCUUACUCGCUGCUAGCUUUCUUUUGGUAUUUAUUCAUCAGGAAAUUUUAUUAAGAUUGAAUAAUUUGAUACAAAAAAUUUGAUGUACAUGUUGAUCAUACAAAGUGCUUCUGGGAAAUAUAUAAGAGUUUUAAAACAUGCUGGCAAGGGUAUCCUGACCCAGUGUUAUAAAUAUAUAUAUAAAUAAAUAAAUCGUUUUCUGCUGUGGCAGAGGAUGUGCAUACUGUAUGUGAAUCCUGGGGCCCGAGUAGCACAAUAGGGCCAAGGCACUAUCACACAUAUUGUAUAGAUGGAAAUCAAGAGAGCUUUUACUUAUUUUCAUAAAGUAUUUUAAUGUUCCUCAAAUUAAUUUUUUAAUAUUUUUUUGUUCAAAGUAUGGAGGUAAAUCUGGUUUUCAGUGGGAUCUUCUAAUGGAAUUUUCCAUCUAAAUCAUAAAUACCAAAUCAUAGAUGUUGCUUACUCAUACUACAAGCUGUGUAUUUUCUUACAAACAAACGAGUAAGAUGCUUUACUAUUGCAUGCCUCCCCAAUUUUUUUCAGGUAAAAUAGCAUGACUGUCAAGGCAAAAGCUUUUAAUCAUAUUUGUAAAUAAAAGUGCUCACCACAAUCUCUUGUGUUUUUUUAGCCAGGUGCACUAAAAUCUGCCAUCAUUUUUCUUUUCAGCUUCAAUUAUUGUGGAAGUGUUGAAUGGGAAUCCUUUGUGGCCUAGUUAUGACUAUCAUCAAAAUGUUUGAAUUAUAAUUAAGCGCAUCAAUGUUGCUAAGAUUUGAGAUAGUUUUGCAGUGUUGUUUCUUGAAGGUUGUUGUGCCCCUUCACAUAAUUUGGCCCAACCUAGAUUAAGGAGACGGAAGCUUCCAUUUUUGUAUUAUUGAAAUACCAAGCACCCAUGUUGACGUUGCUCUUGUUCUCUGGUGCCAGUGGGGUUAAAUGAUUGUUGUAUGAAUAUAUGGAUCCACAACUAGUUAAGACCUUGAUACCUAUGAUUCAUUCAGGGUCACCUUUCCUAUUUUGUGCAUCGUGGCUAAAAUUGGAAAACAUUUUAAUGGCCUUUCCUGAAAUAAAUGUGUAAUUUCUGUGGCUUUAAUUGGUCUGACCAGUCUCAAUCUAGUUUCUAUUGGAUGCUGAGAAUGUUUCAAAACUUGCAAGUUGAACUUAAUUUUGAGUGUACAAAAUUAAAAUGAAAUUUGAAGCCUU